AAAAAAAAUAAGAAAGGAACUUGAGAGGGGAUAAUGUUUGAGUGGCCAGAGAAAGGGAUAUAGCUUUGAGAAAACACACCACACCAUUAUUCAAGAGAUCUAUCUCCAUUAUUCAAUCUUUCCUUCUUCUUCUUCAUCUUCUUAGUAUACUAGAGAGAGCAAAAUGGAAUUUGAGGGAGGAGUGUUGUUACCAUUGUUUCACGAGCAUCCUAUGAUGCCUUGGAAUGAUCAUCAUAUGAGGAAAGGUGAUUGUUGUGAUUACUUUGAACCUCAGAGCGAUGGCUACUAUUGUAAACUCUGUGAUUUCUUCGUGCACAAGAAGUGUGGCGACGAGCUGUCUGAAUUCCUCAGCGACCACCCAUCUCACCCCAAUCACACUCUCCGGCUUCAAGAAAAACGAGGCAACGUAUGCGAUUUAUGUGGAAGUCAAAUCCAGAAUCUAUCAUAUUAUUGCGACGUGUGUGACUUCGACCUGGAUCUACACUGUGUCAAGUACCCACCACCAGAUGUUAUUGACAAUUUUGAGAUGCAUCCCCACAAGCUCACACUUGUCAAGAAACAGACCUUUUUCGAAUGUUCUUCUAAAUGCGGGAAGACUUCUGGACAUACUUUUGGAUUUACUAUAGGAAAUACUUCUGGACUUUCUUAUGGACUUUCGUACAAAUGUGAUGAAUGUUGUCUAUCCUUCUUCCAUGUGGAAUGUGUAUGGCACCCAGCAGCAAUAGAUCAUCAACCAGAGGUAAACCACCCUUAUCACUCCUUGCAUCCUCUUAAGCUCUUCAAGGGUCCACCACCUGACUAUUCUGAUGGUAAAUGUCGUCUUUGCGGAAGAAACGUUGAUAAAGAAUUGUUUUAUCAUUGUUCUUCUUGUAACUUCACCUUGGAUUGGCGUUGUGUUGUGAAUCCGCCUCCACAAUCUCUCAUGGAUUUGAAAGCUCAUGAUCACCAACUCACCCUCCUUCCAAGACUCGAUUCUUUUACUUGUAAUGCUUGCGGAUUGAAAGGAGAGCGUAGCCCCUACAUAUGUGUUCCAUGUGGUUUCAUGAUCCAUCAAGAAUGUCUUAAACUUCCACGCGUCAUUAACAUCAACCGGCAUGAUCACCGUGUUUCUCGUACUUCCGUUCUUGGUGAUGCUGCUAUGAAUUCUGUCUGCGGAGUUUGUCGCAAGAAGGUGGACUGGAAAUAUGGUGGGUUUUCUUGUAAGAGGUGUCCUAGCUAUGUCGUUCAUUCUAAAUGUGCUACCAGAGAGGAUGUAUGGAACCGGAAAGAACUCGAAGGAAUACCUGAAGAAGAAGGAGAAGAAGACAUUGAACCAUAUGUGGUGAUCGAUGACAACACAAUUCAACAUUUCAGCCACAAAGAUCAUCACCUGAGACUCCACGGGAACAAUAUUUUGUAUGAGGAUAACAAACGAUGCAGCGCAUGCACCCAUCCCAUCGGUCUCCAUUCCUUUUAUCGCUGUAUGGAUUGUGAUUUUUCUCUCCAUCAGAACUGUGCUAAAUGUCCUAAAAAGAAAAGGCAUGUGUUACACUAUGAACGGCUCACUUUAGUCACAAACAAGGACCUAAAAGUCUUCAGAUGUGAUGCUUGCUAUCGAAGGUCCAAUGGUUUCAUGUACAAGCAUGGGGGUAAGGAGUUAGAUGUCUUGUGCGGUUCAAUUUCUGAGCCAUUUGUCCAUCCAAGUCAUCCCCAUCAUCCCUUAUAUUAUAUUCCAACAGAAGAAGUAGAAAUAUGCAAUGGUUGCAAAAACAGCAAGGAAGAUUAUGUGCUCAGGUGCAUUGAAGAUGAUUGUAGAUUCACAUUGUGCUUCAAAUGCGCCACUCAACCAAAAGUGGUAAAGCACAUAGCAUAUGAUCAUCCUCUCUCACUGUGCUAUGGCGAAGAAGAGGAGGCAAGUGGUAAAUAUUGGUGUGACAUCUGCGAGAAAGAAACCGAUUCAAAGGAAUGGUUCUACACUUGUAAAGAUCAGCGGGCUAGUUUGCAUAGAGAAUGUGUGCUCGGAGACUCGACAGGGCUCAUGCCAAGAACCGUAGCAAAUUUUUUUGGCGAAUUGUAUGAGGUGGUGCUGAAUAAUAGUGUAACUCGCCCAUUUUGCAUUCGAUGCAAGUCUCGUUGCAUGUACCCUAUCAACCUCAAGUUGCUUGGAACCUCAGACACAUACUUGUGCUCUAUUUGGUGCUUGCUUUCUUUUUUACGUUUGAUGUUGGAAUGGGUAGAGCGAAAUGAACAAUCAUAACUAUAAAGUGUAAUAAAUACUAAUAAGCCAUGGAUGCAAGAUGUUUAUUCGUGUUAGUUUCGUAUAUUCAUA